GUACUGCCCCCACGAAGCAUUCGUGCUCGUUUCGCCUCGCGCCCGCGCUGCUGUCCUGCUGCUGCUAUUUUGCCAUUGCAUCCAUUUCCGGGGGACGGAGUGGAGGAGGAGGGCGUCGCCUGCGUUGCUUCGCGUGGGAAGCGUAGCGUGCUUCGUUUAGGCCUCUCGCCAAUAUCCGAGGGUUAAUCUAGAGAGGCCUUUGGCUUUGCCAGACGCGCCUGUACGCGCCUUUCUGGGAGGCAGCCGCUUGCUCUCGCCUCCAAUGGCCGAGAUCUGCUGCGAAGAAGCCAAGUCCACGCCGGCGACCGCCGUGGCUGCGGCUUCAGUCUCCGCCACGGCCGCUGCGGCCGCCGCCGUGGCAGUGGCCUCCUCGGCGUUAGAGAGGAGGCGACGCAGGUUGGAGAUGAGGAGGUUCCGCGUCGCGGGCGAUCCCGAGGCGCCGGUCGCGGAGGACGUCCGCGCCGCCAAGCGGCAGAGGCUGGCGCGCACGCUGUCCAGCACCUGCCCCGACGCGGGCUCAGGCUCGGGCUCGGACUCCGACAGGCCUGCCCUACCGGAGCGGUUGCCCAGGUACGGGGUCACCUCCGUCUGCGGCCGACGCCGCGAGAUGGAGGACACGGUCUCCGUUAGGCCGGACUUUGUGCCCGGCACCAGCAAACAGCACUUCUUCGGCGUCUUCGACGGCCACGGCUGCUCCCACGUAGCAACCAUGUGCCAGAACAUGAUGCACGAGGUGGUCGCGGACGAGCACAGGAAGGCAGAUUGUUCUGGCGAAGAGACGGCGUGGAAGGCCGUGAUGGAGAGGAGCUUCGCGCGACUGGACGAGCAGGCCGCCAGCUGGGCGACCAGCCGCAGCCGCGACGAGCCCUCCUGCAGGUGCGAGCAGCAGAAGCCCUUGCGUUGCGAUCACGUGGGGUCCACCGCCGUGGUCGCCGUCGUCAGCCCCACCCACGUUGUCGUCGCCAACGCCGGCGACUCCCGCGCCGUCCUAUCCCGCGCCGGCGUCCCCGUUCCGCUGUCCGUCGACCACAAGCCUGACCGGCCUGACGAGCUGGCGCGCAUCAAGGCGGCGGGCGGCCGCGUCAUUUACUGGGACGGUGCUCGUGUUCUCGGCGUCCUCGCCAUGUCUCGAGCCAUAGGCGACGGAUACCUGAAGCCGUUCGUGUCGUCGGAGCCGGAGGUAACGGUGACGGAGCGCACCGACGACGACGAGUGCCUGAUCCUGGCCAGCGACGGCCUGUGGGACGUCGUGACCAACGAGAUGGCGUGCGAGGUCGUCCGCGCGUGCUUCCACAGCAACGGUCCGCCGGCGCCGGCCGCUCGGGCGAACGGCGCGGCCCUCCGGGCAGCCGAGAACGGAUCCGCGGCCGCCAAGGGCGUGAGCGUGGAGGAUUCCGACAAGGCGUGCUCCGACGCGGCCAUGCUGCUGGCGAAGCUGGCGCUGGCCCGGCGGAGCGCCGAUAAUGUUAGCGUGGUCGUCGUGGAUCUCCGCCGGGGGAUAUGAUUUGCCUUCCUUCCUUUUUAGCCCUCUUGGAAUCCAAGCUAAUUUCUCCCCCGUUUUCUUCCAUACUUUUAGGUUCUGUUUUGGUUUAGUAUUAAUACUGUAGUAGUUACCAACCAGACGCUUUUCUUCUCUCAAA